CUGCUUGCAUGCGGUGAGGUGACCCUCGAGACCAGACGAGAUCGAUCAGUGCAAGCCAGGCCGACACAGACAUCGACAUGCAUAUACGACUGAGUAUUGACUGACAAGAGACCAUCGAUCACAGCGAUGACAAAUGUAAGGUAGACGCGCCAAAGGGACGUGACAAGAGCUGACAGACCAACACCACACACACAAUUAAGGGAUCGAGGGACACAAACAAAAGAAAGUCAAGAACAAAUUAGGUAGGACGCACACGCGUAAGUCUGCCUAGCUUACUUACUUGCUGAACAAGCACCUGCUUCCCAUUGCCUUUUUUGAGGAUGAAAGGCACCAGCCAUGUGCACCCACUCUCACUCUUGAAACCCUGCGCUCGGCCCUCCUCACCCCCACCGCCACCACUCAGCACCAGGUCGUCCACACAGCCCACCGUUGCAUCUUUGACCAGAUCGGCAUGCAACAGCACACGGAGCAGACCCGUCAGCGGGUCAAGAUACACCCUGUCGACAAACUGGACGCUGUCCACGGCAGCCCGCUCAAUCGCCGACAUGGACAUUGAGUGCUUGGUGACAUCCUCUCCUCCCCGCCGCUGAAGGUGCAGCCAGGCCGUCAUUCUCUCACGCGCGUCGGGGCCCCAGAAGAGGGCCACACACGGCCGCGCAUCUGGAGGCAGGGGAGAUUUGGGCGGCAAGAUGAAGGUGGAGUACCUGACCGACACGCAGUAUGCCCCAUGCAACGAAUGCCUCUCACGCUCACCCAUCUAUCUCGCCUUAACUAACAUUCCUUCCUUACGCAUGGUGCUUGGCUGGGGCAGCAAGGGUCACACUCUUCUCCUCUGCUCCCUGCUGGCUGCUGCCAUUGCCUUUGUCUCCAUUAUCCUCGAUCGCCCUUAACACCGGCUGCUGCUGCCGAUCCAUGACGGCCUUCCGCAACGACGACCAAUAGUGCGUGGCCGUCAGGUGCAGACACACACGGUGAGCCGACGAGAGGGACUCCGAAGCUAACAGGUCAUACAGAGCACCGCGGAUGAGCUUGCGCAGCGGGUGCAGCCUGACCGAGAGCCGCAGGAAGAGACGGAGGAGGGUCAGGGAGGGCGCCAUGACGGUCGAUGUUGGGGCGGGGAGAAGGGAUGACGGGGGCAGGGAGGGGCUGCCUGUGGCUAGGAGGGAGGGGGCGAGGGUCAGCAUCUGGUGCCGCAGGUCGUCGACUGAGUGGCUGUGAAAAGCAACGAAGGCCUCGGUCAGCGGGACGAGGUUCGGGCACUCGAACAUAUCGUGCUGAUGGAUGGCACCAACACCAGCACAAAGAGGACAGAUGUGAAGACAUCUGCUGCUAGACACAAUCGACUGCACCUACCUGUAGUCUGUGUGCCUCUCGGCAGUCGAUGCUGCAGUAGCUCACCUGACCGCACCGCCCGCAUGUGAGGGUCGGGUCUUGCUUCCACGGCAAGGUCACAGCUCGGCAAUACGGCACAUUGGCGCACAGCCUCGACGCAAAAGGAAGAGCCUGCAUGAGCAGCACAACACACUCACUCAAUCGAAACAUAGCUGAAUGGGCGUGAUGGUGUCGUGUCUCUCGCUGACUGACCGUCAUGUUCCUAAGCCUCAGACACCUUGGCCCAUACCACUCGCCCCCCUGCCUCCCCCGCAGCAGCCCCCUCUUUCUCUCCCUACGGCUCUCGGCAGACACCCCCCCACCAUCAUCGCCGCCAUGACGACCCACCGGAUCCAACAGCCUCUCCACGCCCUCCUCCGUCCCACACCACAGCAGCACCUCCUGCUGUCUCUCAAAGCUUCCACCAUCACCACACAGUGUCACGCCCAUCGACGGCCAGCAGGCCUCUCCGUCUUCCAUCACAUGAAGGAUGGUGUCAUAGGGCGAUAAAUGCAGCUCAGUGAGGGUAGAUUUGGGCCGUGUUGGGUCGGCCUGGAUGAGGUGCUCGAUGGGGAUGUCUGGGUGCGGGGGCUGCGCGUGGGGCGGGGGCGUGAUCAGACACGUGUGGUGGGGCAGCGACCGACGCAGCUCGCUCUCCAGAGAGGGGGGGACGGGCGGGGCGUGACAACUGCAAAGACACACAGACGCACACACACCAAGACAGAAAUGCGGCAAACACCUUUCCACUUUUCUUUAGCUCACCGGAAGUGCGUGUGGUGCAGUGGUUCCGCACUCGGCAGCAUACCCAGCAGCACGCCCAUCUGCAUGGGCGUCCAGUCGAACCCCUCCUCUCUCACUCCCCCCACCUCCCGAUGCACAAGCGCGUCCCACAGCUCCGACUUCGCCGUGUAAGGCGCCCGAGCCAUCCCCACCUCUGCCUCCCCUUUCCCUUUCAACGCCUUUCCUUUCACUCGCGCACCAUCUUUGCCUCUCGGCCUGUCCUCUAAGGCCAGCAAUGGGGCGGGGGAGGGCCCCUCGUAUCCCAAUCGGUUGCAGAAUGGCGCCAGCUGUCCUGCCCCCUGGAUCGGCAUCAAGCGGAGAGAGAGGAAGAGGGAGAGGUCUUGUGAGGGCAGAGUGUGUGUGUGGGUGAGGGGAGAGACGAGGGGGGCGGGCAUCCCAUGCUGCACGCGCUUGGCGAUCUGGUAGUGCGCUGGGUCGUAGGCCUUUGUUCUUCUCGUCCUUCGCGUGUCUGUCUCCUGGGGCUGCUCGCCCUGUGUUUCCAUCUUGACGAGGGGUAGGGACAGCUCAGUGGACUGCACCUGAUGGUGUCUCCCUCCCCCUCUCACAGAAGGAGAGGGCAGGCCUUCCCUGUCUGUUGCGGGGUCCGUCUCCAUCGCCGUGAUGAAGAAGGACGGCUGCUCGUCACCUUCCCCGACUUCACCUCCCUCCACCGUCAGUGGCUCCGAUUGCCAACCCGUGCUCAUGCUGAUGCUGAGAUGGCGGGCUCGGUGUGACCGAGUGAGGUCCUCAAAGGACGGCACCAUUGACCUCUUCCGCCCCCUCUCCCCUCGCCCCCUCUUCUGCUGUGGCUGCUGAGUGCCGACUGCAGCAGCCGGGGCGGAAUCGUGUCUCACGGGCACUCGCCGAUGAGAAGCCACCCGCAACACACGGGGUGUCUCCGGCAACUCCAAGGGCAACGGCAACGGCAACGGCAGAGGGAAGGGUGGCGCUUCCGGCACCCUCGUCGUGCUUUCCGCGGAUGCAGGCAUAGCACCAGACAUGGCCAAGGCCGCCUCCCUCCCUCGGGGAGACACCCACAGACCGUCCGUACUUCUGUGUGUGGUGGGCAUCGUCGAUCGAGCGCUGAAUGACGGAGGGACGGGGCGGGGGGUGGAGCAGAAGACCUCCUUCAGCGGCAGCAACAAAGCCCUCUCCCUCUCCUCCGUCCUACCCACAUGGGGCGUUGUGGGCUGCGUCGACCUGACGAGCCGGCUUGACCCGUGCGACCUGAUCUGCCUUGCCGUCUGCACCUGCCUGAAGGUCUUGUCCAUGUCGGAAAGGUCGCUUGCGAGCAGACACACAGGCUGGGGCUGAAUUGUGGGUGGGAGGGCCUUCUGGACGGAUGUUUCAGGGGACAAGGGGAGAGGGAGAGGGAGAGGUUGGGGCUGAGGUUGGGGCUGUGGCUGUGGCUGGGGGGGCAGGGCGGGGAGACAUGACGGACACCCAGCCAUUGGGGUCAGACACACCUACACACAGGAGGGAGCCACAGAACGUCAUGGGACAGACAAUGUCGGCUCGGUCUCUCUCUCUCUCUCUCUUUCACUUACUUUAUGUUGGUAGAGUUCUUCGCUCGCCGCACACGUGACGGCAGCAUGAGGGGACUUGGCCUUCAGUAGUGGCUGCAGUGCCGUGCACAGCGACACCAGCCCCUCGCUAAAGAGGCUCUCCCGCAACAGGACAGCGUCGAACUGUCCCCUGCCUUUCGGGUGCAGCUGGCACUUCUGCGCCUGGUGGAUGGCGUUGCCCACCGUCACCACCACACGCACCCUGAACCACUGGCCCUCCUGCGUCAUCUCGUCGAGCCAAGCGUCACCACCUCCACCUCCCCCUCCCUCUCCCUCCCUCCCACGAUCUGGCAGCCACCAUCUCUUCUUGAGGGCCGAUGUGUCCGGGAGGAGUGCAUUUGGGAUGUCCCCCUUCGCCCACAGGAUGAACUUGUGCAAGCUGUGGUCGAGCUUUUGAUGCGCCAGCCGGUGGUGAAGCCGGAAAAGCUCGCGGGAUAUCCACUCGGCGGUGUCCUCGAAGUCGUCUUCAUGUUGCUGCUCGAUGUCUCUCUCGUCGACGUGGUCGAUGUCGUGGUGGUCAUUCUCUCCCUCCUGCUGCUGCUGCUGCUGCUGCUGCUGUGCAGUGUCGCCCUGUCUCUUGAGUGUGGGAAAGAACCCCACCAGCACGCCCAUCGCCCGGAGCCACGCCUCCAUCCUCUCGCUCGCCACACCCAACACGUUCAGCCUUCCCUCGGCAACACGCCCCUCCUCACCCUCGUUGCUGGCAUGGCAGCAGUGAGCGUCCACCGGGCCGCACGGCAGCCAUGAGACCAUGCGUGGCGAGACGGACUUGAACCCCUCCCUCUGUUUGAGCAAAUGCCGUAGGGACGAGUGGUGCGACGAUGGGAUGAUCGGGGGUGGGGGGGAUGACGACGUUUGGGGGUUGUGUGUGUGCAGCGUGGCUGCGCGUCGGUAGAGAGUCGGUGCGAAGGUUGCGAAGAGGUCGAUGGGGACUGAGGGGUUGAAUGUGUGUGAGAAGGGCCGCAGGAAGAGUGGAUUAGCUGAGGGGGGGUUGGGGGGGUUGGGGGCUCUCGAUCGGUUGUCACCAUUGUCAGAGGCGGCGAAGAGACUAAACCAAAAGAGAAACAAGGAGACACAGAAAGGGGCGAUGAGUGAGUGACUUCGCUUGCAAGAGGACACCCUGACCUUCUCAGCUGCCUGAAGGCCUCACGGAAGAUCCGCAAACCAAAAGACGACACAAACGAAGAAGACCUCUUCCCGUCCCCACAACCGUCGCCCUCCUCACCACCAUCCACCGGUGGCGGCUCAUUACGAUUCCGCUUCCUUGCGCCCGCAUCGCGGCCCCCCUCCCUCGAUCUCUCCAGCACACGGACCGUGCUCAUCCUGGGGGGCGCCAGCGCACCCAGCAAUCCCCACAGCUGACGCUGAGACAAGUCACGGACAGCCUUGUCUGCGUCUCCUCCGUUGCCAUUCCCUCUUUCUUCCAUUAGGUAAGACUGGAGCACGGGGCAGGGUGCCCUCAGCAGCCACGCGUCCAGCAGGGCAUUGGUCUCUUCCCCCAGCAUAUGUCGCCUGAACCUCUCGAGCACACUCUCGUGCACCUCUGCCGCCUUCUUUCGGUGCUCCCCUGCGCCUCCACCAGUUUCCACAGUCAUUGUGGUCUCCAAGCUCCUUCUCGCGUCGUGCACAUCAGCGGUUUUCAGCCGGCGGAUGAAGGCGACGAUCCUUGUGGGCAGCUGGUGGGCCGUGGCGGGCUGUAGAGGGCUCUUGAAGAGCCGCUCCUUGGUCUCUUCCAGGAGCUUCACUCUGAAGUCCGCCAGCUCUGCCACCACACGUGGGGAUCGCCAGCCGAGCCAGAUGUGCUUGAGGCGGGUGAGGAGGGUGGGUGUGGAAGAGACACUGGCACUGGCACCGUCUGUACUGUCUGCUAAGUGUUGGUCAUCGGUGUUGUCAAGGUCUAAGGCGCUCGCGAGGUUGCGCUGCUGCAUAAGGGGGUCCUGGUACGCCGCCUGCACGGUUGUCACUCGUGUGCUUUCGUGGUUGUUGGUCUCAUUGGCUUGCUUUGGGAGGGAGGAGGGCGUGUCGGGCGAAGGGGUGGACGGCAGCAAGUCCAGCCACGGAAACAGCACACAGAAGCUGGGAGGGUGGUCGGCAGCCGCAAUCAGGUUGGUGAGAAGGUAGUCGACAGCUUGCUGCUGCUCAUCGCUGAGCGUGCAGUGGCCGAGAAGGCUCACACCCAGAUGAGUCCAGAAUGCACCCAAAUCCCGAGAGGCACCCUCUCGUAAUACCUCAGCCACGGCGCGUUCUCGCGCGACCGCCCAGUAGACCAUCAUGCGCGCCAGUGAAGGCACGUCUGGCGCCUGGAUGAAAAGGUUGAGGGGCCUGAGCUGGGACGAGAGGAACUGGAAGGGGUGGAGGCGGCGGUACACCUCGCCCCGGCGGCGGACGUUGUCCAGCUGCGAGUAGUGAGUAGGGUUGAUGAGAGACAAGACAUGCAUCCAACAACAUCAUCAUUGGGUUUUAGGUUUUCCCUCAAGUUACCGUGGCAAAGAAGUCUAUCGGGUUUGUGGUGUCGAGAAAGAGCAGCGACAAGCCGGGGUCCUCCUCACCCAACACACUCUUGGGACCCCUCUCACGCUCAAACAAUAUGCUGUCUUGCAACCCUGAAACACACACACACACACACACACACACACAGGAAAGGAGACACCGUGCAUUGCUGUGCUGUGUGUGUGGCAGACCAUCCCCCCCAUACCAGCAGUGAGGUCCAUAGGCCAGGGCACAUUCACCGUCUCCGCCAGCCGACGCGCGUCGCAUACACACCCACACUCGCCAUCGUCCUCCUGCCCAUGCCAUACAAUGCACCAAAGAGAGGGACACAGAGAGACAGACAGGAGAGGAAAAGAUUGCUUUGGUGUGUUUGUGGGGGGGUCGGUGCAUAGCAUGCGCACCAUGGGCACUGUAAUGUGGCAGCAGUUGGACGGCGUCAGCCGGGUGGCGCGGAGCUCCUCUAUCCGCCGCAGCCCCUCGCGAAUCAGUGCGUGCUGGCCCCUCAGCCACACUUCGCCCCCCCUCUCGUCGGGUGCCUUCAUGCAGUGCAAGGCCGCUCUGAUGCCAUGGAAGCAAGCGAUGGAAGGACAGUGGCUUGUGGGUGGGUGCUGGAUGUCUCACCUGAAGGCCGUCUCCGCCCUGUCGACCUGGUCGAGGAACACACUCGACGACUUGACCAUCCCCCUCCCGCCGCUCCUUCCCCCGCCCAGCCCACCCGCCGCACCACUGGUGGUCGGCGUGGCCCGUCCUGACCGAUUCGCCUCACCACCUGGUGUGGCUGUGCCCUGCCCCAGCAGAUGGGUGGAGGCCUUGACGAGCCGGCGCACAAUAAUGUUGCCCAUCAGGGUAUAGGCGUACACCGUUGCUUUGCGGCCGCUCAGCCAUGACGACUGAUGAGAGGGAGAGGUGGGGGUGUGGUGACGCGAGCGGUUGGAGAAGAGGAAGAAGGUCUCCAGGCCUCGCAACGCCGCUUCAUCCUGGUGGAUGGCCUGCAGUGCGGACGCCCGGAGAAGGUGCAUGGCGGGGUCGGUCCACCGCAGCGAUGUCCGCUCGAACAGCCGGUCGAUCUCCAGGAUGACCUUCCUGUGCUCCCCUGCCCCGAGCCACCCCUCCAGCUCCUGAGUUGUCAGGUCGUUGCUGGCCUUUAGGAAGGACAGGAAGCGGCUGAGGGCCUCCCUCUCCUCCCAAGGUGCACACGCGCCAUUAGCAUCUCCUGUGAAGGCACCCUGCCUGGCCACAUCUCUGCAGGACCGAUUGAAGCUCGUCAGCACCCUGGCGCAGAAGGACGAGUGCGCCACGCAGAAGUGCACCAUCGGGGGGGUGAUGACGCUCUCGCCCGCCAUCGAAAACGCCUUUGUCCAUUCCACCACGUUCUCGGCUGACAUGGCGACACUCGAGCUGACUGCAUGACAUGGAGGGCAAACAAGAUGUAUGUAUCGGCCGUCCAUAGUGCUUACUCUUUUUCAAUGCAGCGAGGUGCGCCUCCCUCUCCGUGUGGUGGAUGCACACCCGGUACAUGAUGUGCUUCCACUGCACAGUCAAAGAAACCUGCCGAGCGUCGAGGCCUCUCGCCAGCUGCCCCAGGGGUGUGUCCUCCCUCUCCAUCUGCAGGAGGGCAGCCGCGGGAGCGUUCUCGAUGAAGGUGGCCAUUUGGCAGGGAUGGAUGCUGGACCAGGGGAAGGGGCGCAUGGUUGCCGUGGCUUCUGCUGCUGUUGUCGGUGACGGGGAACUCUGGGGAAGGUCAUUGGAGAAUCUCCGCGUUGUUGCAGUGCCGCCGAGUUGGUCCGACAGGUGCAUGUUGUUUGUUGAAGAUCGUGUGUCAGCUGCCACAGUCAGUGCGCUCGAAUGAGGCCAGACCCUCAGCUUUAGGUGAUCAUGAUGGCUUAUAGCUGCACGAUGUUCAAACUUGUCGCUCGGUGCUC